AAGGAGGGGCAAGUCAAAACAAAUUUAGGUGGUAAUCAACAUUAUGCCACAAAUGCUUUCAAUUGAGCUCAAUUUGUAUUGAGCCCGGAAUAUUCCUUUUAAUUUUCUUGACGUAUGUCAAUGUGGUUUAAUUGUACCCAAGAGCAAUAACAAAAUAUGACGACACCGGAAAUUUAUUUUGGAGGACCGAAUCAUUUUUAUUCAAAAUUUUAUGCGGGCUUUCAACGGGGUUUUUGGAAGACAGUCAUAUUUGAGUAAUUUUACUAGCCCCUGUGACAACUCCCCCGUGUGACCAUUAGCUUGGUUAAUUUAUAUAUAUAUAUACAUAUAUAACAGACAUUUUAAGGGGGAAAACCCCAACAAACUGAUUUGUUGCCUGUACUGUGCGUGUGUGAAACUGUAAAGAGGUCGUCUGUUUCUCAUUUGACUAACACCCACAGCACACGGUACGCACGCUGCAGGGAUGACAGUAGUUUCUCUUUUCUCAGACAAAAAGCGGGUCUUUUGUCUGUCUGAAGCUGAUCUAAAGCGGAAACAGAAAACACUCCAAAACAGACAAAACGCUUGAACAACAUAUUUCAAGAAUAACUUGUAUAUGAUGUAAUACUUCCGCUCAAGUCUGGGUAACAGCAGGCACAAGUGAUCAAAAAGUAUUUUCAUGACCUUGGGAAUGAGCUCCAACUCAUCUUACAAUUGUGACUGGGUAUGCUGGAUCCAGUGGUGCAUGUAUGUGCCCAUUCUGGUUGCUGGUCUCCCUUUGAACCUUGCUGCUCUAUGGCAGCUUUACUUCCGUGUUCGGCGCAGGAGUGAAUCCACAGUUUACCUCACCAAUCUGAUAAUAAACGACAGCCUGCUGAUGCUCUCCCUGCCCUUUAAGAUACAUGCAUACAAAAAACACUGGACCCUCGGCCGUACCUUCUGCACUUUGCUGGAGAGCCUGCUCUAUGUCAACAUCUACGGCAGUAUCAUGCUGAGUGUAUGCAUCGCCGUGGACCGCUAUGUUGCUCUCCAGUUUCCAUUCGCUGCCCGCCGUUUGCGAUCUCCACGCAAGGCAGGGCUUGUGUGUGUGGUCAUUUGGAUGGUGGUCUUCGGAUGCAGCACCCCCAUCUACAAACUCCAUGACAACCCUGAAAACUCCACAAACACAUCUUACUGCUUUCAGCACUUCUCACAAAGCACCUGGAAAAAAAGUGGUAUUCUGGUUGCGAUGGAGACGGUGUUUUGCAGCAGCGCCAUGGUGAUGGUGUUCUGUUCUGUGCGCGUGGUGCAGAUCCUGCGUGAUCUGAGGGCACGCAACCCUGGCGAUGCCAAACUGCUUAACAACAAGAGUGUGAAGAUCGUACUCAGCAACCUCGUGGUCUUCCUCACAUGCUUCAUUCCUUACCACAUAGCGGCGCUGAUGUAUUUCCAUGCAAAGUCACAAAUUUGGAACACAAAGGCCAUCGAUCAGCUACGCUACUUCAUUCAUAUCAGUAUUUGUAUUAGUAAUGUGAAUUGCUUGGCAGAUGGCGCAUGUUACUAUUUCAUUCUUAAAGAGAACCUGCAUUCUGUACAGCGAGAGAGAAGAAUGGCUGUACAAGGAAGAGAGUUACGGAUACGAGAAUCAAAGACUCAUACAUUUAAAGAAAUGUGUAACUGUACAUUUAAAGCCACAGAGAAGAUGGAAAUAUGUGUGGACACUGGUUUUACAUAAAGACCUACUCAAAAACUCAGGGAGACAAUGUUAAGGAGAUUAAUCCUAUGGAUCAGUACUAUGGUAAUACAGCAAAGGAGGACAGUGAACUGUAAGGUACACAGACACAUACAGGUGGAUGGAGUGCAUACUCAGUAUGGGGCCUAUACACGUCACAUAUAUACAGCUCAGCUAGCUAAUUUUGGGGCUUCUGACAAAAAAUCAGAGCUAGUUGAAUAUAAUGACUGUUUGUGAAACUGAUAUGUCAGAUUUGCAAGCAAACAUUUUUGUUUCUCAUGGCUUAUGAAGUUAUGUAAAGCAGUAUGUUUUCAUCAGAAUGUGUUUGUAUGUGUAUGAUGCAUUUACACUUAAAAUUGUCCAAACUACAUGUGCUCAUUUGUGGUAUGCAACAUUUCAAGUGGAUUUUUACAGUGUGUUUAACUAGUGGUAAGACUGACUGAGUGAGAACUGUGAUUAGUUACAUUGGCUUUGUCCUGCUCAGUAUUUUUGUUGGCUAUUCAGACACCUGUGCUUGUCUUCGCUGUUGGUUAGAUCAUAUAGUACAAGGCUCUAAGUUUAGAAUUUGUUUAGGCUCAGCCAUUAAACAAACUCUCAUGUUCCUUAUCUUAACAGCAGAGGUCACCCUUUCUUAAAGGCCUUCCGUCUAAGAAAAGGCUGUUAGCCAACAAGAGGUUUAUAGGUCACAUAAACUGAGCACACAAAGCAGACAGUGUCCAUUUGAAAAUAAAUGUUUAGCUAUAAUGCUAUACUCCUACAAUUGUAUAAAAAAUGUAAAAGUAAAAAUAGUUUAUAAGAUUAAAGAUAUUAGCGGUUCCUGUUCGGCAGCAGAAGCAAUUAUAUCUUUUUUGUGUGUGGUGUGUAGAAUUGUGGUAUGAACUCAAUGGAGAGUGUCUAUGCGUGAGCAUAGGUUCCCCAAAUAAUCAAUCCAAAUCUACGCCGCUGUGUCUAUGUGUUUUUGGUGGCUAAUGCCUGAUUUAAAGCUGAAGUGUGUAACUUUUUCUGUUAAAAUACUUUCUCUUAUCCCAGCUUAAUAUGCAGAGACAACUGUAAGUUAGCCAUUUGUAGGUUAAUUUUCUCGAAAACUGUGAACACUGUAUCUGUGGUGCUAUAAAACAUUUCUCUGUUUGUUUUGAGGGACCCAUUUAUACCAACACAAUAACGCAACCAAUGGCGUGAGUUGGGGGUGGGACUAUCUGUUCGUUCGAUCAACAGCAGAUUCAGAAAGCUGUUUGAAAAACACUUUUAUUUUUGCAGUUCUGUUCAGUGGCAUUAGUGGUGCAAAAAUUGCACACUUCAGUUGUCAUGCUGAUAUACAGAACGUUAUAUAACAAAAAAUAGACCGUAUUCAGCAUAGCACCAUUUUUAAUUUUAGACGGGUAUGAAAACAAAGCUGUGAGGGAUAGACAUUACAGUCUCUUUAAUGGCAUGCAUUUUAUAAAGCUGUAUAAAGGUCCUUGAUCACUUCAAAUUUUCUUGUUGUUGUCUGGAGUUUUGUUGUUGUUGUCAUUGUUGUCUAGUGAAUUUUCUUCAGCCAAAUGAUCAAAAUCACUUUAAACAACAGUACAAGUCAUUGAAGAGAGACUAAGGUCAGAAACAUACUUUCGCAAGUACGCCUACGUAUACGCGAGCAUUUGGACGACACUGUUGCUGUCCAGUUUAACAUACGUAACGCGUUCUUGCGUUACUGUGGCGGUAACAAACCUCAGUACUCAAGGGGGUGAUAGAGUUGCCUUCAAAAUAUGUGCAGUUAACCUGGGUUUAUAAUUAUUUUUAAAAAGUUGCUAUAAAUAUAUUGACUUUAAAUUACUUGCUCAAUAGUAGACAGCAGUUGAUUUGAAAGAGUAAACUCAAUGUAGAAGCAGACACUUCACUCCAAUAUCACCUAUAGCGCCCCUUGUGGCAAUGUUGAAAAUCCAACAUGUACUUGCAUUAUGUUUUGUAUAUUAUGUUAUGUCUGACACAUUUCAGAACGCAACAAUGCACAAAUGUUGUGUAGAUACUUAUUACUCAUGCUUGCGUAGCAAGAAGCUUCUGCUUUCACAUACUUGCAUAGAGUAUGUAACAAUCUUAAAGGGUUAGUUCACCCAAAAAUGAAAAUUCUCUCUUCAUUUACUCAUCCCAAUGUCAUCCCAGAUGUGUAUGACUUUCUUUCUUCUGCAGAACACAAACAAAGAUUUACAGAAGAAUAUCUCAGCUCUGUAGGUUCAUACAAUGCAAGUGAAUAGUGGCCAGAACUUUAAAACCUAUACAAGCAGCAUAAAAGUAAUACAUAUGACUCCAGUGGUUAAAUCUAUGUCUUCAGAAGUGAUCUGAUAAGUGUGGGUGAGAAACAGAUCAAUAUUUAAAGGUGCACUUAUUAAUUUUACAUGAAUUGUAAUUUUGCAAUAUAUGUAGGAAAUCAUGAGCACUCACAUUAAAAUGAAGACUCCAGUCAUAUCAUUAACCUUAUAAAAACUGUUUUAUUCUACAUGGAGAGGGUCCGCACAUGGGGGCGGCCAUGUUAGAAUCACAUGACCAGCGGAAUACUACUCGCUUAAUUUCAGUAACAAUCCUGUUAUUGGACAGUUUCACUCAUUGAUUAAAUAUUCAUGGCUGACUGUGAAUACUACAUUUCUGCAGUGGCAUCUGAAACUGAAAACUAUUGCAUUUAAAUGAUGCUGCAUCCAAGCCACUAGUUUUCAGUGUAAGUCCAAGAUCACACAAAGACAAAAGUUACUGAGUGCACCUUUAAGUCCUUUUUUAAUAUAAUUCUCUACUUUCACUUUUACAUUCUUCUUCUUUUGUUUUUGGUGAUUUGCAUUCUUCAUGCAUGUUGCCACCUACUGGGCAGGGAGGAGAAUCUAUAGUUAAAAAUGACUUAUAUAUUGAUCUGUUUAUCACCCACACCUAUCAUAUUGCUUCUUAAGACAUGGAUUUAACCACUGGAGUUGUAUGGAUAACUUUUAUACUGCCUUUAUGUGCUUUUGGAGCUUCAACAUUUUGGUACCCAUUCAUUUGCAUUGUUAGGAACUUCAGAGCUGAAAUAUUUUUCUUUGUUCAUUGUUCAGCAGAAGAAAGAAAGUCAUACACAUCUGGGAUGGCAUGUGGGUUAGUAAAUGAUUAAAGAAUUGUCAUUUUUUGGGUGAACUAUCCUUUAAGUCUAUCCCUUACAGCCUCUUUUCAUUCCCAUCAAAAAUCAAAUAUUGAACAAGGUCAGUUGCUGGAACUGCAAAUAGUAGGUAUUUUAAACUAAAGGCUAUUUACUCAAAAUUCAUUAAAAUAAAUAAAUAAAUCUGAAAAAUCUCUUAACAGUAUUGUCCAAAGUUUUGGAACUGACACAGUGGGGUCCAACCAGAUGUGUUAGUGAUAUUGGUCAAUAUGGGCAAUCUCAAUAUGACCAGUAUUGGCCAUCUAUUACUAGUUUAAAGAUGUUCACAAUCUAUAGGCUACUUUUGAUAUUCCGUUGUCACUCUCUCCUCCUGUCUGUCUGUUUUAUAUUCAUCAUGUUAUUUAUUGCAAUAAAGACUUUGUGUUGCAACAUGUGCACCAUUUCAGAUGUAUUAAUUUCAUAUGUUCUUUUUCAACAAGUGC